AUGAACUCGGUCUUGCAAGGGCUGAUUGCAACGCGUCUGCUCUCCGAUCUCGUACAUUUCGAUCCCAUUCCUGCCGAGAUUCAGCGCAAAGCAGCUACACCCAUCAUUUCUCGAAGAUCUCCUCAGCUUACGAACGGACACAAUCUCGCUGGACCUUAUGAACAUGCUUGGGUAAAUAGCAUGCCCAUCGGAGACAUGUUUCUCACCUUGGUGUAUAAAGCUUGGGAUAGCCAGAGGAACAGACGAAGAGACACACUUAGUCCAAAAUCCAUUCUCAAUGCCCUCGGACAAAAAUACGACCAAUAUUUGGAUUUCGCUCAGCAAGACGCCCACGAAUUUCUUCGUAUUCUAUUGGAUGCCAUGCGCAUGGAAGAACAGGAUAUAAUAAAGACGCGCCAGCCUCCUCCACCCAAACUGCCAAAAAAACGGAGAAGGACUACAAUAACGUCUGGUAACCCUCCAUCGAUUUCUGUCCCAGAAUCGUCGUCGAAAUCGACUGAGCCAGCAUCGAACGUCGAAGAGGUAGUAUCGACAUCAAUAGAAUCGUCACCAGACCAAGCCAAGGACCCCAAAGACGAUGUUACCCUUCUAUCAUUUGCCGACAUGCUUUUCAGCGGCCAGCUAACUAGCAUUCUUGUUUGCCAAAAAUGCAAACACGUAUCUCAGACCUACGAAGAAUUCAACGAUAUUAGCUUGAGCAUCAAGGCAGAGGAUUAUCUUCCUCACAACAGGAAGCGUGAUCGAUUCAAGAAGAUUGUCGGCCGUCUCACUGCAUUCCCCGGGAGUUCCAGUCAAGGGCAGUCGAAGGAUUCGCGCAAGCUUUCAGCACAUCUACCUCUUGCGCCGAAUCACCUUGUUGAAAUGCAGCGCUCUUCUUCUGUACCUCCAAGUCCACGUACCGAACGGGAAAUCAAACAAUUAGGGACUGAUGAUGAACAACAUGUUUCUGAGCCCCCACGACGAAGAAGUCUUGAUGUGCCGGUUGGUGUGUCCGUGCCCGAUUCCAAUACACCCGAGAUAUCUCAUCAAACCUUGGCACCUGCUGUGGAAGUAAUCGAGAGCGUCCCACCAUUCGAAACCACCUUGCAAGAACCUGACCGACAAGACGAUGGCGGGGCGGAGAGCGAGCAUUCUCACAUCCUUGUCAAUGUGACUGGCCCCGAUGAUAAGCAUGUGGAAUUCAUCGAGCCGAAGAUUGAUCGGAAGGAUAAGGGCAAUGUCGGCCAAAGUGACUCAACAGAUACAGAAGACAGCAAAAAAGAUCAUGGUAGUAGCAAGGAGAAGUCAAAGCAGGACGACAGUUGGGCAAAGAUCGGGCGGAGGAUUAGUAUGUCUGUUGGUUUGGGAAGGCCAAAGGGCAGCGAUAAAGACAAGGAUAAGAAGGUCAAGGAUAGGAAAAGCAGGUCUAUGGAUCGCGGCGGAGGUUUGGGGAGUCAUAUGAAGGAAAUAAAAGAGGCUGCCAUCGAAGUGGCCGACCUUGGCAUCCAAAAAUCACUGUCGGCAAUCGUACCCCCGUCGAAGUCAGCGAAGGAAGUUACCUCGGAUACAAGAAGGAUAUCUUCUGACGGAAGAUCUGCCGUUUCAUCCAGUACAGAGGCGUCGAGUUCUGGUAUCCCCAGCUCAAAACCUUCCAAAACGCUACCGAAUCCGUCAAUAUCUUCACAGUCAAAUAAUUCCCUGGCACCUGCCUCCAAUUCCUCAUCCGCGGUUCCUUCCAUAUUCCCUCAUGUCCAACGUUCUAAAUCUCCGAAACCCCCGAAACCCAGCAACGCUGAGGCAGAGUAUCUGCGCAAGAUUCUUGCUGAUGUCGCUGUGUCCUCGUCUUCAAACAACCCAUUCGCCAUUUUCAAGCCACCAUUAUUACACAAUCAUUCCGGUCAUAACACACGGCCUCUGUCGACACAUGCACCGGGCGGCCUGAAUUCACAUGAGAAAAGUGCUGGUGCGACGUGGUUGGGAAUUGGAAUACGCAAUCUCUCGGGCCUCGAGGAGUGUCUACGGAUGUUCACUGCGGUGGAGGUAUUGGAUGGCGAUAACAUGGUGGGGUGUAGGAGGUGCUGGAAAAUACAAAAUGGAAUGUAUCAUGGCACCAAGGAAAAGGACUCGGACCAGGAAGAUCAAGAAGAGGAAGAAGAUCGUUUGCCUUUUGAAGGCGGCACGGCCAAGAACGAUCCGAUGACUGUAAAUGGUGUCGUCAAUCCCCCGGCAAAAAAGAUACCACAUCCCCUCCAGGUUGUCUCCUCGUCGCUCUCGGCUAGCGCGGCGGUGCACAUUCCAACCUCCAUCUCCACACCAACAGUGUCUAUGUUUUCACAAGCCGACGUGAACAGCGAUACCCGCUCAAUAUCAUCACUGCCAACAGCUACUACUUCCGCGUCUGAUUUGAGUCUGGGACAGGCCAAAGAAAGUGAUGAUAGUGGCGACUCUCAAGUCUCAUUAUCAGCCAUGUCAGAGGGAAGUUCGAGCGCGAGCGCGAAUACAAAGGUCGAACGCUCCGGUCCUGGUGGAAUGCCUAUCCCCGUUAUCUCAACAACCUCUCCUCCAGAAACACCUCAAUGGCCCACCGACCCGCACAAUUCAAUCGCAGAUAACAAAGUUUUGGGCGACAAUGCUGAUGCCAAUCGCAGCGCCUCCUAUGCACGACUCAUAGGCGCGACGAGCGGCCCGGUGCCUCCGUCCAUUCCCACUCCAAACCCAAAGCUUACGCAGGCUCUUUAUGGCUUCAAUACGUCUUCUGGAUCCAAGGAUUCUCUUCUUAUUCCUCAAAUUGGCCGACCAAAGUAUCAAAAGCGGAGGUCAUACGCAGAAUCGACUUUUACCGACAACGAUAGCUCAGGCGACGAGAGCGAUACUUCUAUAGGCACAUCAGUCUCCGCUGAUUCGUUGAGAAGUUCAGGGUCUCAAAAUGCUACCAUCGCGUCUAGCUUGGCCAAUGGUACCAAAUCCGUUCCUGAAUCCUCUGCGACUGCUGCCUCUAUACCGCAAGCGCAGGCAACAAAGGUUUCACCACCGAAGAAGGCCCCUAAGCCACCCAAGCCGGUCAUUAUGCGGCCAGCGUAUAAGCGAUAUCUCAUCGCGGUUCCUCCUCCAGUACUUGUAAUACAUUUCAAACGGUUUCAACAGACCGCGAAGACACCCUUGAUGUCAUUUUCUCAUGGGUUCAAGAAACUUGAGGAUUACGUCUCUUUCCCUGAACAUCUCGACCUUCUGCCAUUCUUAGCGCCAAGAAAAGAAGAUUACGGACUGGGUAAAAAAGGCAAGGGUAAAGAGAGCAAAGUGAAGGAGAAAGAGGAGAGCUGCAUGUACCGGCUGUACGCCGUCGUGGUGCAUAUCGGGAAUAUGCUUGGUGGCCAUUAUAUUGCAUACACUGCUCUGCCUGACAAUCUUUCUCGACCUGCUCGCGCUGCUGGAGCAGACGGUGAUGGAAAGGGGACUGAAUCCACCUCCGAUACCGCUGGACAAGAGAAAGCAGACACAAAUUCCGAUCCUCCUUCUGAUGCCCCCAAGCCGGCAUCUGAAAGACAAUGGGCAUAUAUUAGCGACACUACUGUAAGACUAACGACUCUGGAGGAGGUUCUUCACGCCAAGGCUUAUAUCUGCAUGUACGAGCGGUGUUGA